AUGACCGAGGAGCUUGAGGAAACGAUUUCCAAUCUCAAGGGAGAUCUGCUGGACAUGCAGGAGCUCAUUCUCAAAAAGGACCGGGAGAUUCUGUGGCUGGGAGACGAGAUGAAACGACUCAAGAAGGCUCUGGAGAAGGCCCAGAGCAACAGCGUGGGUGAGAACCGUCAGGCGGGUUCUAAUUCACAGCAGAAGGCGACUACUUACAGUUUACAAGACAGUGAUAAAUUGGGUAAGUCGGGCAAGUCGGGCACUCAGAUUGAGUCUCCCAAGCAACUUGAGCAGCAUGGCACGAAACCCGUUGACAGUGUUUCACCAGAACCCAAGCCCAUGGCUCCACCAACCUCUACAGUUCGUUCAACAACUCCUACAACAGCGUCGUCGACUGCUUCUUUGACAAAAAAAGAGUGGACGCCAUACGAGCGAAAAGACCCGCUGAUGGAGUUUGACGACAUUCCUGGAAUGGACGACUAUGAUGCUCAUCUGGACGAACUGCUCAACGGAGGACGACCCACUACACCUCCUCCAGUGUCUCAAAAGCCCGAGGCUGUGGUGCAAGCCACGACACCCGUGCGAGCCAAAUCAGCUCCACAGGUACUGGGCACUCCGGAAAAGACUCGACAGAAGAACCUGGACAUCUUGCACCAGGCACGCCAGAACCAGCUUCAAGAACAGCGGAAGGAGGAAGAAAGGAAGGAGUAUGAGCGUCGUAAUCUUGUGAUUAAACCCGUCGAAUCGAUGGUAAAGAGAGAACAGGACCACGGUGCUUUUGCUAGAAGUAUGAUUGAGAAGACCGCAAAGUCGAAAUCUCAACAUGACACCAAAGAGAAGCAGCUGCAGAAAAAACUGGAUAACAAGGCUGCGGAAUUGUCAGGAAAGAGAAUCGGAAAGCAGCAAAGCAAAGACCUACUGACUAAGUUCUUUCGUGGAGGACGAGAGGAACGUGAAAGGGGAGUCUUGGCUAUUGGUGAGGAUACUGCACAGCAAGAGAACGACCCAUUUGCCGACGAAGAGGAUAUCUACAGUAUGAAUGAAAACCAGAUGUUCUAUCAAGGUAAAGCUGAAGAUCCAGCGGCCUUGAGACGUGAAGCUGACAUGAAAAAGAAGGACCUUGACGAGACGUCUCUCUUCUUUCUCAGAGAGCGGUUUCUAUCACCGGAAGAAAUCGACAUAAUGACAGAAGACAUGAAGGUCUUCUCAGUCACUGAGUGCCUACGAGCAGCACGAGGAGGAACGGAUAUGGAUGAGCCCAGCUUCGCUGUUUGCGGUGUGAUUACCAGCGCCAAUGUGCAAAUGUACAACUACGGAGGUAGCACCAGGAAGGUCAUUAAGAUGAGAAUAGCCGAUCUUGCGACACUGAAGGAGGAGUGGACUGUGUCUCUGUCAUGCAGAAAAGACGCCACGGAUCGAUGUUUGCAUUGGCGGCCAGGAUCUGUUGUGAUUCUAGUGAACCCUGUGCUUGAAAGGUUCUAUGUCACCAACAAGGAUUCUGGUAAGAAGCAGGAGGAGACGGGCUUCUCUAUUAACUCUGGCGACAGCAAUCUGGCUUUUGAGAUCGGUAUGACAGCCGACAUUGGGCGUUGUGAGGCCAAUACUCGGUCUGGAGAACAAUGCAAGCGAGUCAUUUACAAGCGGAAGCUGGACGUGUGUAUUCAGCACGCGGAGAUACGAGAACGAGAAAAGAAGAAGAAGGAGCAAAUGGCCAAAAACGGAGUUUCGCGACUCAAGACUAUUGAUGGAUCGUCUGCACCGCCCACAUCGACCAGAUCCGAAUUCAACUCCGUACCAAGUCUGGUGAAGGGCACCAAGAUCACGUCUUUUAAACCUCAGGGACAGCCCAUGCAAAGCAAGUCUUUCAAGCGGCCUGCCGAAGAGGAACUUCGCAGACAAAGGAGGGAGAACGAAAAGAUCACCGAGGAGCUUCUCAAAAGCAACCCUCGGGUGGCAGAGACUGUGUUUGGUAAACAAGACAGCAAGAGAGUACCUCUGCCGAAGCACAUGAGUCAGCACCGGCAUCCAGAUGAUAUCAAGGUGUCUCGGUACCAGGACGACAAGCGCAUGAGCGACUACGUUCUUCAGAAGCCGGACAGGAAGAAAGCCAAAUCUGCAUCUUCCACAGCUUCUAAUGAGUCUUGUUCUAUUCCGACAGGGCCAAGAGCUAUGACUGAGGGCACCAAAUCAGUAGUUGCCGAAGCUGCUCGAAAACAGGUUCUAUUGGCUCGAAAUCAGGGGUUUCUUGACGACGACUCAGACUCCGACGGGCUUGAGAUUGUGUAA